GGACGGUGCCAAAUAUCUGUGGAUAAGACGGCCCUCCAGCUCCAGAGCCCUCCCCCCCGCCCGAGGGUCUUUUAUGCGCUGCCUGGAGCUUUGCUCCUCCGCCUUUGCAGCUCCUCACCCCUCCGUGCGGUGGUCACCCUCCUCGGCCAGUCCCGGGCACCUGCCUGUGUCAGCAAAGAGCCGCCGGCCCAGCCAGCCCCCUGUACCUGACCGGGAGCCACGAGAGGGAGGAAGGGAAGGCAGGAAGGCAGGGAAGCCCAGGGCAGCCGCCUCUCCCUCGCUCGUCUUGGGGAAGGACCCCCGGAGCCCCUUCGCGGCAGGAUGAAGUGGCUCAGCCUGAGCUUGGCCGCCCUGCUGCUGGCCUUGGCCGGCCCCAUGGCCCGUGGCGAGGAGGGGCUGGAUUUCCCCGAGUACGAUGGCAUCGACCGGGUCAUCGACGUCAACAUGAAGAACUACAAGGCCGUCCUGAAGAAGUACGAGGUGCUGGCGCUGCUCUACCACGAGCCGGUGGGGGAGGACAAGGCUUCGCAGAGGCAGUUUGAGCUGGAGGAGCUGAUCCUGGAGUUAGCAGCCCAAGUCCUGGAAGACAAAGGGGUCGGAUUUGGCCUGGUGGACGCAGAGAAGGAUGCCGCGGUGGCCAAAAAAUUAGGGCUGGUUGAGGAAGACAGCAUCUACGUGUACAAGGAGGACGAAGUCAUCGAAUACGAUGGGGAAUUUUCAGCUGACACCUUGGUGGAGUUUCUCCUCGACGUCCUGGAAGACCCUGUGGAGUUUAUCGAUGGAGAAAACGAGCUUGAAGCCUUCGAGAGGAUCGACGAUGUACCCAAACUCAUCGGCUACUUCAAGAACGAGGACUCUGAGCAUUUCAAGGCCUUUGAAGAUGCUGCUGAAGAAUUCCACCCUUACAUCCCUUUCUUUGCGACUUUUGACAGUAAGGUGGCAAAGACGCUGUCCCUGAAGCUGAACGAGAUUGACUACUACGAGCCUUUUAUGGAGAAGCCGGUCACCAUCCCGGACAAGCCGAAUAGCGAGGAAGAGAUAGUCCAGUUCAUGGAAGAGCACAAGAGGCCAACGCUGAGGAAGCUGCACCCAGACAGCAUGUAUGAGACUUGGGAAGACGACGUGGAUGGCAUCCACAUCGUGGCCUUCGCAGAGGAGGAUGAUCCUGACGGUUAUGAGUUCCUGGAGAUCCUGAAGGAAGUCGCCCAAGACAACACAGACAACCCGGAUCUCAGCAUCAUCUGGAUCGAUCCCGAGGAAUUCCCGCUGCUGAUCCCUUACUGGGAGAAAACCUUCGACAUCGACCUGUCCCGGCCUCAGAUUGGUGUGGUCAACGUAACGGAUGCCGACAGUGUCUGGAUGGACAUGGAUGAUGAGGAAGACCUGCCCUCCGCAGAGGAGCUGGAAGACUGGAUUGAGGAUGUGCUGGAAGGAGAGAUAAACACCGAAGAUGACGAUGACGACGAUGACGACGAUGACGACGACGACGACUAAGGGCUGGCCCUUCCCAUGUUUCGUGCAAGGCGGGUCCUGUCUGGGGGGCUCCACCCACCUCACCCUCCGGCACCACCGCUGACCCCAAAGCAGCACAUUCGGCCUGCACGAAAACGCCCCGGCCCUAGCAGGAAACAUUUUUAUAUUGAUCUUAUUUACGUCCAAGGCCCUCACCGCAGCCUGACCAGGUUCCCUCCGUGCACAGAGCCCCCCCCCCCCAGGCCCCUGUCUGCCCUUGACGAGGGCGGGGGAGAACUGGCUCCUCCAUCUGCCCUCCCCUUCCAUUGGCCAGACGCCAGGGGAGAAUGCCCCCUUUCCCGGGAUGGUGCCACCACCAGCCAAGCCCUUUCCUGGUCCUAGAAAGGCUUGUUCUGUAGGUGGCGGCCAUCAGCUGAGGCACUCUUAGCCCUGCUUGAAGGCCAGGGGAAUUUCCCAUCAUGCACCCCAACCUCGAGACUUGGUCCUUGCCUUCUGCUUCAGAGCUUUCGGGGCUCCUUAAUGGUCAAGGCGGCCCUUAUCAGUCGAGACCUCCCUGUCUCUGGGGGCCAUUGAAAGGGUGGAAUCAAGUAGCUGCCAUCUUUACAAAUCCCCGCUGCCCUCCUGCCCUUCCCAUCCAGGCCUUGGGACGAGAUGGCAACAGGUCCACUUCACUCUCCUCUGGCAACAAGGUGCUCACCUUUUCAGGUAGAUCAAUCCGAAUCGCUAGAGGGCAGCACUUUAAUUUACAAAGAUGUUCAGCCAUGCGCAAAGAACAGAAACAGAAUAAGUGAUCGGCAAACUAGUUAACGUCCCUCCACAACUGUUCCCCGAGUGUCUCUUCUCCUUUUCCACACACACAGGCCCACGAAGGGGAUUUCGCCGUCCUAGUUCUCAGGUAUCAGGAACUGAUCUUUCGCUGAACUCUUUUCCAGGAAGAGAAACUCUGAGUCAUUUUGCUGAAUUAGUUGAAGAAGCGAAAGAUGUGCCAGCAGUAAAAAUCAGAGGCAAAUUAGCUUCGGAGCUUGCAGGGGGCGGGGGGGGGGCGGGGGGGGGGGGAUCUGCAGGCUCCGUUUUCCUGCUCUCUUUAGGGGGGGGGGGGAGCCAGCUCAGCAGGCAGUGAGGGGCGUAAUGUACAAUUUGUAUAUUUUUCAACACCUUUGUACAGAUCAAACCAAAAGUGAUUAAAAAAAUGGAACAAUAAAAGGGACUGGCGAGGUCUU